CAAAAUAAUUGCUAGCGGUCGAGACUUCUUGGACCUCCAUAUUGAUGAUGCAUUUGUAUGUUUUCUGAAAAUAGACUAUCUACAUUCAUUAGGACUCCAGAAACUUUGAUCUUGAACUGAAUUAAAUCAACUACCUUAUUAAUUGUUCGUUUAUCUCUCUUUAUCUCUGCAACUUCUUUUUCUUCACUCUUCAAUUUAGCGUUUGUCAACGAAACAAACAAACAAAAUUUAUAAAAAAAUGGAUGAUCACUUCAAAACUAUUGUUAUAGUAGUUAUCGCCAGUGUUUUGGUUGGGGGAGUGGUUCUUUUGAUAUAUUGUUCCAUUUGCAUUAAUAAAAAGCAGAAACUUCGAUUGCCGGAGCCGCCACAGGUUCAACGACGGAUGAUAGUCAGUGAUCCUACACAUCAGCAAAGUGGAAUUCAUGUGGACAAUGAUCGCUCGAGGGGUGGAAGGGGCACCAUUGUGAAGCAUGUUGUUCCAGUCGCUCCAUACUCCGUAGAUAAUAGCUUGGUCAACAAGACGCCUAAAAAUUUGGGAGAGCUUCAGGGUAAGAGAGAUGAUGGCGGUUUCGCUGUUAUGACAGCUUCUUCUACUUCAGCAACAUUUUGCGAUUUUGGUGGUGGUGGUUGCAGUAGUGGUGGCUGUGGUGGUUGUGGUGGUGGCUGUGGGGGCUGAAUAGUUGAUAAAAUUUGAUUUUUUCCAAAGAUAUAUUGUAUUGAUAUUUAUUUCUUCAUAGUUUUCGCCAAGAUUUAAGUAUUUUGUUUAACUCUGUGAUUGCUGAUUAUCCAGCGGAUUCAGUAACAUUCAUCUUAUGUUAAUUUAUGUUAUUUGCAAUUAAUGUAACGUGGAUCAUCCCUAAACUUUCUAAUGAAAUAAUCCAUGUUCUAAAAAUCGACCGCCUAGCCGUCUAGGCGCUACGCGUCACUCUUCCGCCCCGAUUUAUGCCAAAUCGGUUUAAAAAAUCGGAUAUCCGAUUUUUUCCGCCUAGACCGCCUAAAUAACCGCCUAGC